AAAUGGAUGCAGCUGUUAUUUCAGCUGUGUCACCUAAAUCUUCAUGUGAAAAUGACCAAAUAAAUAAUGAAAUUUCAGAGCAAGAAUACUCCCCAUCAUCAACACCAAAACAGGAAGUAAACAAACAAGUAGUUGAAUUACCCAAUGAAGACUCAUGUAAAGAUGAUCAAGUUCCUGUUGUUCAGACUAAUACUGAUGCGAAUGUGGGUGAUAAAGCUGUGAUAUCAAAUGGCUGUUCAGACACUGAAAAUAAAAAACCUGGCAAAAAAAUGAAAAGAAAUGUAUUCUUUCCAGUUGACUCAACUAUAGUAAAAGGAUACUUGGAUCCUCCAGAUCCAUGGAAAGAUGUUCCUGACUGGAGAACAGAGGAUUUACUAAAAGCUUACAAGAGAGGAUGUGAGAAGCACAACUCUAAACCAUUGAAUAAAGUCUUGCAACAACUACAGUGUAUAGAAAAUGUUGGUGAAAGAUAUGAAAUCCUCAGUUUGAAAGGAGAACGGUUAGAUUUAAAGCAAGUGGAGAGUUUGGAAGAAAUAUUUAAACAUGUGAGAUUUCGUUGCGUUGAUGUAGAGGCUACACAUCUAGACGAUGAGAUGGCUGUUGCAUUAUUUGAGAUGGUAGAAUACUAUGAGUCAGCCUGUAAACUAAACAUUUCUUUCAACAAAGGUAUUGGUCCUAGAGGAUGGAUGUCUUGCUCUAAACUUGUAAGAAGGACCCCAUGCUUGACAUUCAUAGAUGCUCGUAACUGUGACCUGAAUGAAAGGGUAAUUCCAAUUAUGGGUCGUGCUUUACGUAUGGGUUGCUUCCUACAACGACUGCAUUUACAAAAUGCUGGUCUGGCAGGCAGAGCACUUGUUAUUCUUGUUGCUGCAGUGAAGAUGAAUGAGAUAUUGAAAGAGUUGUUUAUUGGUGACAACAAGUUCAUGCCAACAGAUGGUGUACAGAUUGGUAACCUGCUGAAAUACAACCAUAAAUUGGAGCUUCUUGAUCUCAGGAACAAUCAUCUUCAGGAUGUAGGUGUGGGUCAUAUUUGUGAUGGUUUAUCAGAGCAGUGUUUAGAUACAGGGCUACUUACACUUGUUCUGUGGAACAAUCAGAUUACAUUCCAGGGCAUGUCUGCCGUUAAUAAAGCUCUGACCUCAGCAGAACACCUUGAAACAUUGAAUCUUGGACAUAAUCCCAUCACAAAUGAAGGCAUUCAUAUUCUCAAAGAUGGGCUGUUAAAAUCCAAAGGUCUCUUAAAGCUUGGUUUGUCUGGAACUAAAGUAUCUUGUGAAGGAGCUGUUGCCCUAGCUGAAGUGAUAGCAGAUAAUACAAGACUAGUGAGAUUAGAUUUACAGGAGAAUGAUAUUAAAACAGCUGGUCUGAUGGCCCUAUCUUUGGCCCUUAAAGUUAAUGAGAGUAUCACAAGGCUUGAUGUUGACAGAGACACCAAGAAAGAAUCAGGUGUUAAAGAUUAUGCAGACCAACAAAAAAGAUUGCAAAAAGAUAUAAGUACUUUACUUGAGAGAAAUCGAGAUCUUAUGCACAAACGAGAAGAAGAACAAAGACAAAUUGAGAUAAAAAACCAAGAAAAUGCACGGAAACUACAAGAAGCUGCUUGCGACAUAUCCCUUGAAGAAUCACAUGAUUACAUUCCAUCUGGUGAUGGUAUACAUAGACCAAAACUUCUGUUCCUACCAUUAACGCCUAUAUGUCCAGAACAUGAACUAGAUUCUCCUGAACUAGGAGGGAAGUUUAUUCUUGAAGCAUCUCCACCCGUACAGACUAUACAGUUAGCACCUCCUGCUGGGUCUGAUUUACUCAGUCCACAAUAUUGUCCAAACCCUAAAGCAACUGCCAAAAAAAUAUUUUCAGUGACACGUGUUACAAGCCCUACAGGAUUAACUACAAAAGGUGGUGAUCCCUCAAGUGGUUUUAAAUUUCCAAAGUUCAGUUCUUCAGCAGCUGAUGUGAUAAAUUCUCCAACACAGGUACAUCCCCCUGUAGGACGUGGUAUGGAUACUUCUACUUCACAAGUGAUACCUCAACUUGUGCCACCAUUACCAACUGUAGAUUUGCCAUCUUUAAACACAGCCAUUCCUCUAUCAGUAGAUAUGCACACCACAGCUGAUAAGACAAGUCCUGGCUCUUUACAAAGGGUUAUUGAAGACCAAACACUUGUUUCAUACAUUCAACAAAUUGUUGACAAUAAUGUGGAAACAGGAAAUACUAAAAUAGACAAUGUCAGUGACCAAUCUAAUGCAGAAAGUAAUUUAGAAAAGGAGCCGGUUGAAGAUGAACAUAGUGCAAAUAAUAAUGCAAGUGGUGAAACAGGUCAUGAAUUUUCCAAGAUUGUUGUUACAGUUGAUACAGAAUCACUUGAUAAAACUGCUAAUGAUUCCGCAAGAAAAUCUGAAUAUCAGUGUAAUGAAUGUACUGAAAAUUGUACUGAUGGUAAAGAAGUUGAAUUGAAUGAAAAUGACCAACUUGCUAAGAGAAAUACAGAAAAAGCACUGACAGAGGAAGAGGGUAAGAGUGGAAAAGAUUUUAUAGGGGAAGAAAGUGUAACAAGUAACUCCAAAAAAUGUGAUAAAUUGCCAGAAGAAAACAUUCCUGAUGCUGAAGAUAUUGAAAACUCAGUGCUUAAAAAAGACAUUAAAUAUCAAAAGAAAACACAACAUAUAGAUUUUGAUGAAAGCGAUGUAAAAUCUGAAUGUGACACUUGCUCAAAGACUACUGUAGGUGGAGAUAGUACAGGUUCUAGUCAAGAUGUAGAGUUGUCAAAAUACAAAUGUGAUUCUGAAGAAGUGCAAAGAUCAGAACUGAAGAGUUUGUCAGAACUUGAUAUGCCAAGUUUAUCAGAUGACUCCUGUGAUGUUGAAAUUAACAAAGAUGAUGAUAUAAAUGGAGAGUUUGUUGAUUGCGUAGCAACUGAAGAUAAUGUUUGUGAUACUGAAACUGAUAAAAAUGUAGUAAAAGGUAAUCAAGAAAAGCGAAAUUGGACUGAUAAGGAAAAUGGUGAUGCUGAACCUUGGAAUACAGUGAAUGAGUCGGAUAUUGUAGAAAGUAUGUCUUCCAUUGAAGACACUUCACUCAUUGGGAGCAAUAAUAAACCAGACUUUCAUACCAACCUUACAUUUAAUGGAUUGAGACAGGAACUAGCAAGCUUGAUAGACGAAGAAGCAGGCAGUUCAUCUGGCAAUCAGUUAACCACUGCAAAUGGUGACAUUCUAAAUAAUGGUGGCAAUACUGAAACAUAUACUCAAAAUGGUGCAGAAACAACAUCUGAAUGGCUGGACACAUCUGUCGUGGAUAGCGGAGCCUCAUCUUGAUGGUUGUCUCGAUAGUUACAACAACAACAAAUUGAGGAGAUAAUGGUCUUACCCAGUAAUUAAUAGACUAGAACAAAAAUUAAUUCUAGCUUGAAAAAAAAAAUGUUUUGAAAAAGAUUUAAUUCAUGUAAAUGUUAGAUUCUUCAGAAAAAAAUGUGGAUGACUUGGUAAUACAACUUACAAGUUUGUUCUAAUCAAACUUGCACUUAGUAAAUCUCCCUGGAAGUUAAAAUAAACAUGUUUGUUUAAAAUGGUUUUUUUAAAGAAAUUCUAGUAUUGAAAUAGGGAACAUUAUAUUGACUAUUCUGAGUGAAAGCAUUCACACAAGAAUUGUUUAACCAUUGUUAAAAUUAAAAUGUUAUAAAUUGAUCCAUAUGUCAGAUAAAUUUUAAAUUUUAGCAUAACUUGCUACAAUUCACUUUUAUUUAUGAUAAUUUAAUGAUGUUAUAUUAGAUGCUCUCAUUUUUCUUGGUAUUUUAAUGGCAGUGUCAUCUCCCAUGUGUCUAUUUAGGAAUAACUUCAUACCAUCCAGUUGAAUGAAUGUAAAUUUCACAAAUCUUUAGUCAAUUUAACAUGAGCAGAAUUUUGUUUAAACUUGUUAAAUGGUACUGUUAUGUUGAUACUAGAUUUGUUGUAAAUUGUGAUUAGUGCUUAAACUUUCUUACUUCUAUGAAGUUGAACAAAUAUGCUAUAGUUUGGGUGGAUAGAAUCAUUAAAUAUUUCCUGAUAUUAGGUAUGUCUAAAGUUUUGGUACAGAGGCUGUUUAGUAACUAUAGAAUCAAAUAUGUUUUAAGUGGUAUUUUUUGUUAUGCUGUCAAAGUGUACUUGGUGUUAUGAAAUAAAGAUUUUUGCUUUCAUAUAAGUAGCAUUGGCCUGCUAGUUAAAAUAUUUCUGCCCAACUGAAGGAUACUGUGAUCAGGAACAUAUUUCCUUGUAUCUUGUUAGUUUAAGAAAGCAGGCUACAUAAUGGUUCAUCUAAUCAUACUGGAACAUAAAUAAAUUAUGUUUAGACAAAAUAAGAAUAUUCAUUAAAACUGGCUUGAAACAGAAUCAAAGAUCUUCAAUAAACUAUUGUUACAUUAGCAGCCUCGGAAUCAGAACUGAGAUGUUCAUAAUUUUGAAUAUAAUUUUAGACUUUAAGGUCUUAAGUAUAAGAUUUUAAAGUGUGAUUAUCAUCUGUGAUAAUUGUAUAGAGAUGCAAUACAAAACCACUGUGUUGAGGAUAUGCAUGCAUUUAUUUGGUUGUAUUUUAGAAGCUGUAGUAAUAUAUAACACAUGUAAGACUAGGUUUAAAAUGAUCUUUUAUGGUAAAAGUCUUAUUUUUAGGAAGAUUAAAUGUUAUCUUUGAUUCAGUGUUGCAGCAGUAUCUUAUAAAAUAUUAUAUUGUUAUGAGGGUAAAUAGAUUUAAAACCACUCAAUUAGCUUACAAACACUAGCUGAGUGGAGCAUAUUUUUUUACCUUUAUACAAGUAAAAAAUACUGAUGUUUCAUUAGUAUUUGCAGUAAAUGCUUGGAGAUUUUAUGGAAAAACAUUUUUUUAAAGAAAAUUACUUCAACUGUCGUUUUAAAUCUAGCCCUGACAUGAGUACACUGUGUAUACCUUAAACUUUGAAACAAAACAUGUAACCAAACAUUACUGGACAUUUCAUAUAGUAAUAUACUCUAUUGAAAGAUUUAUUUCUAUAUUUACAAGCUUUCAUUUUCAGUUAUUCAAUUUUAUUUUGUAGUAAAAUGAAGGUAAUUGCUUUGGUUGUGAGUUAUUUUUACCUCAUUUUAUGAGCUAGGGGAGGGGAGCAAAAAGGUAGAUGAUCCAUUAAGGUUGUACACUGUGUAAUCAAUUACUAAGAUAAGGUGUAAGUAAAUGGCAAAGUUCCAUGAUUUGUUGCAAUUUUUUCUCUGACCUCAUAUUUCUACUUACUAUGGUUUGAUUUGAUUUUUAUUUGUAUGAAAGUCUUACACUAGUAAAUAAGUAUAAACAUGUAGCUUAUGCUUCAUUUAAAACAUAAUUGUAUCAUGUUACCAUACAGGAAGAAAAAAUAUACAUUCUAUUGUUAUUUUCUUUGGACAGUAAUGAAACUUUGAGCUAAAGCAUUAAAAAUAUUGUUUUGACACAGAUAUAUCUAAAAAAAAGUGUCCCUAGUGUUACUUUAGUAAGAUGUGUAAAUAGUUUAAUACUCAUAAGCACAGUCCCAGUAUGUCAUCACAUAAUUUUUGCUAGAAAUUUUCAUCAUUGUAUAUGAGGAUAAGUAUUAACAUUAAGACAAACUGGUUUACUAUAAGUCAUUGUUGCAUUAUACACUAGAUAGUCUGUGAGAUUUUACUGAGAUUAUUUGAAAUGCUAAAAGUCUCUGAACUCAUGACCAUAAAAUUAAUCAACUCUGCUUGAAAAAAGGAUACAGUGUCACCUCUGCAGAAUGACCCUGUGAAGAGCAAUUACCUAUUUACAAGAAUAUUUACAUCUACGACCAAAAUCUUUGUCUCCCAUAGGUUGUUGUUCUGCAGAGAUUUUACUGUAUCUACAUAAUGGAAGUAUUUCAAACUAUUUUACUGUUCAUAUGUAUUUUUGCUUCUGCUGUCAAAUGUUUAUAAUCACGUGGCAAGAAAAUAAAAGCUUAGCUAUGAGUUGUCUGUCUGAUUUCACAGAGAAAGUUGGAAAUGUUUAGCUAUUAGUUCAUCAUCUUUCAACUAACAAAUAUAAUUUAUGUCAAUUAAUGUAUUGGAAUUAUUCUAUUGUGUACACAUACAUGAGCAAAUUUUAAAACUAACUGUAGUUGUUUCCAUACUACAGAAUUCUAUCGAUUUUUUUUCAUAAGGGAAAAUCAAAAUUGCGGAAUUUUUGUGUAGAUUUCAGACUUCAGAUUUUCUUUUAUUAAUUUUCAGAUAUUGUUAUAGUAAAUGCUAGUACAUGUAGGUAUAAUAAAAAAUCUAUUGUUUCUGUAAAGUUCUUUAACAGCUCAUAACCAUUUGUUAGGACCAGGGUAUUGUGCAUUAAUAGAUUGACUUAUUAUUUAACAUAGAAUGAUUAUAACUUACCACUGUGAAAAAUAUAUUUUAGCAGCGCCAAGACAAAACCAACAUAGUGCGUUUGCGACUGCAUGGAUCCUGAUCAGACUGCGCAGAUGUGCAGGCUGGUCUGGAUCCAUGCUAGUCGCAAAUGCACUAUGUUGGUUUUGUCAUGGCGCGGCUCAUUUGUAUUUUCUAAUACAUGUAUAUGAAUAUGUUUGUUAAAUUUAAUUAAAAGCAUCUCAUUAAACAGAUCUCCAUGUUCUCACAUCGUAAUGCACCUGCAACUGACUUGAUUUACUUACCUCUUGAUUAUGUUUUCUUGCACCAGUCAAUAGUAAAGAAGUAUCUAGAAGUGUGAUAUUACUCACAAGAAAAAAAUAAUAGGUUACUGUAUAAUACUUUCUAUUUGUUUGUGACGAAAAUGAAAUUUUAUUGUUUUCCACCUUUAAGACAGUGGCAGGUUAAAUUCCGUAUACAUUGUAAUUAAAUAAGAGGUGACUGACUUUUAGAUUCACGGUCCAUCUUUGACAUAAAACAGUUUACUGUCACAAUUUGUAAGGCUGAAUGAUGAUGUAGUUUUUUAAUGCUCUAUAUUUUUGGACCAAAUUAGUUGUUUGUGCAGAUAGAUGAAUUGUCAUUUUAUGUCAUGUAUAUUCUGAUGUGUUAUGUAUUUAGGUAAGAAUUGUAUGAGAUUUUCAUGAUAAGGGAAAUAGCAGUUCUUCUUUGUUUUUUUUUCCUUUCCAAAAGUCUAUGUAAUCGUAAAAAUAAUUUUGGUCCUAUUUAUUACUAAGUUAACCAUAAAAAAUUGUCGAGGGAUUGGUAGUUGGCUUAAUUAAUUGAUUGCUGUUCUCUAGCUCUGCCAGCAAUUUUUUACAACAUGAAUAUUUUAACUUUACUUUGCUUUGUGUUAGAACAAAAUAGGCCAAUGACACUUGAAUAAAUGUUUAUUAUGGUUUAAAUGAAAGAAAAUAUAUGUGAGAUAAUAUUAGAUUAGGAAUUAAACAGAUUGUUUACCUGUAUAUAAUAAUGAAAUAUAUAUAUAUAAAUGUUAGUAUUGUUUAGAUAUGUGUAAAUGCAAAUAUUGAUGAAAUAUGUUUAAAUGUAAAUGCAAUGUUAAUUUAUGCAUAAUAUAGCUAAUUAUUUGGGUUAA